AUGCUGAAAAAAGGAAGCUCCUAUGAGGACUCCGUUUUCCAUUCUGAAAGUCAGAACAGCUUCCGAAAAUCAAGUAAUGACACCCCAGCCAGUCCUACGGAGAGUGUUGGAUCAGUAUUUAUAAGUUCAGAUGGAGAAAAUGGAACUGAUGAAAAAAGAAAGGCUGGAAAAUCACCCACGGUGUCACUGCAGACCCCUACCAGUGAAAUGGAGUAUUUUGAUGACCGGAAAAAAGUUGAUGUUGCUAGAACCAAGAGCAGCACAGAUAGUCCAGUCCUGACAAUCAAGAGUGACUCCAAGACUGAAAGGAAAAAACGUGCGUCAAAUCAGCUGAAGGCAAACGCACAUUUUCAUAAGCUGUUUCUAGAUGUUCCCAUUGAUGAACCACUGAAACAAAGUUUUACCUGUGCUCUGCAGAAAGAAAUUCUGUACCAAGGAAAGUUAUUCCUUUCUGAAAACUGGAUUUGCUUCCAUUCCAAGGUUUUUGGUAAAGACACUAAGAUUAGUAUACCUGUGCUGUCAGUGACACUUCUGAAGAAAACCAAAACUGCCCUUCUUGUGCCAAAUGCUCUGAUCAUAGCAACAGUGACAGACAGAUACAUGUUUGUCUCAUUACUCUCCAGAGAUACCACCUACAAGCUAUUAAAAUCUAUCUGUAGACAUCUUGACGAUACAAGCAUGGGCAACAGUCCAAAUCCCUCUUCUGCAGAAAACAGCUUCAGGGCUGACCGCCCUAGAACUCUGCCCCUGGAUUUCAAUGAAGAUUAUUCUGAUCUGGAUGGAAUAGUGCAGCAGCGAAGACAAGAGAUGGAAGAAUCCAGCAGCACAGGCUCACAGACACCAGAGCUGGAAUGCUUCCAAGAUUAUCAUGUUGUUGAAACAGAGACUCACUUGAAAGUUUCCAAGCCUGAGGCCAAGUCUGUUCGUUCAGAUGCACAUAGUAAACGUGGGCCUGAUGGAAAACCCCGAAACAGUCCUCGAAAAGGCCAUUCUGAAGCCUUCAGGUUCCUCCACAAAGUGAAGUCCCAGAAGCUCUUAUCACUGAACCACGUGCUCAUAUUUUAUGCAAUUCUUGUUUGUGUUUUAAUACUUUCUACCUUCUACAUGAGAUAUAAAAUCAGUGUCCUGGAGGAACGACUUAUGUCCAUGACAGCCUUUGAUUCACAUAUUAAGGAACAUCAAGUGCACCAAGAUUUGGGAUCUCACCUGCAAAUUAAUGCUGAUGCCUUUUGUGAUGAGUUAACUGCUAAUCUUAGAAAAUUGGAAAAGGAGACAAUCUAUAGGAGAAAAUUUCAGGGAAUAUUCAUCAUAUGA